GCUGUGCUGACGGGACUGUUCUCUGUUUGCCCCCCAGGGGUGGAGCCCCCCCUGCCCCAGGAGAGGAGAGCCCCCGUCACCCCCUCCUCCUCCUCCCGUUACCAUCGGCGACGCUCCUCCGGCUCCCGCGAUGAGCGCUACAGAUCAGAUGUGCACACAGAGGCGGUCCAGGCGGCCUUGGCGAGGCACACGGAGCGUAAGAUGGCGGUGCCGAUGCCAUCGAAGCGGCGGUCUCUGGUGGUGCAGAGCUCCAUGGACACCUACACCCCCCCAGACACGUCGUCGGGUUCGGAGGGAGAGGGCUCCAUGCAGGGGGAGGGCACGCCCACCUCCAGCCAGGGCAGCAUCAACAUGGAGCACUGGAUCAGCCGGGCCAUCCACGGCUCCACCACCUCCUCGGCCACCUCCUCCUCCUCCACGCACAGCGGGGGCAGCGGCGCCGCCAGCCGAUUGGCCGACGUCAUGGCGCACACGCACAUCGGCGGCUCAGGGCCUAUCGCGCACCUCUCGCUGAAGAGGAGGCCUGCUCCGGGCGCGGUGGAGAACGGGAGCUCCCUGCGCCGGUCCUGUGAGUUCGGAUCCGACCUGGCCUGGCCUCGCUCGCAGUCCGAGGAGAACCACUCGGCCCCGCCCGACGUCACCACCUACACGUCAGAGCACUCCCUGCAGGUCGAGAGGCCCCAGGUGUCCACAGCCCCCAGGGCCGCCCCCAAAUACGGCAACGCGGAACUCAUGGAGACCGGAGACGGCGUGCCCGUCAGCAGCAGGGUCUCUGCUAAGAUCCAGCAGCUGGUGAACACGCUGAAGAGGCCGAAGCGGCCGCCAUUACGCGAGUUCUUCGUGGACGACUUCGAGGAGCUGCUGGAGGUCCAGCAGCCGGACCCGAACCAGCCCAAACCGGAGGGGGCCCAGAUGCUGGCCAUGCGGGGUGAGCAGCUGGGUGUGGUCACCAACUGGCCCCCCUCCCUGGAGGCAGCCCUCCAGCGCUGGGGCACCAUCUCCCCCAAAGCCCCCUGCCUGACCACCAUGGACACCAACGGCAAGCCGCUCUACAUCCUCACAUACGGGAAGCUCUGGAGCCGGAGCAUGAAGGUGGCCUUCAACAUCCUGCACAAGCUGGGGACCAAGCAGGAGCCCAUGGUCCGGCCGGGAGACCGGGUCGCCCUCGUCUUCCCCAACAACGACCCGGCCGCGUUCAUGGUGGCGUUUUACGGAUGCCUGCUGGCGGAGGUGGUCCCCGUUCCCAUCGAAGUGCCGCUCACGAGAAAGGACGCAGGAAGUCAGCAGAUCGGCUUCCUGUUGGGGAGCUGCGGGGUGACCGUGGCGCUGACAAGCGACGCCUGCCACAAGGGAUUACCCAAGAGCCCCACGGGAGAGAUCCCACAAUUCAAAGGUUGGCCGAAACUGCUGUGGUUCGUCACGGAGUCCAAACACUUAUCCAAACCGCCCAGGGACUGGUUUCCACACAUCAAGGAUGCAAACAACGACACGGCCUACAUCGAGUAUAAGACCUGUAAAGACGGGAGUGUUCUGGGAGUGACGGUGAUGAGGAUCGCCCUGCUAACACACUGCCAGGCCCUGACACAGUCCUGCGGCUACACGGAAGCGGAGACCAUAGUGAAUGUACUAGACUUUAAGAAGGACGUGGGGCUGUGGCAUGGCAUUCUCACGAGCGUGAUGAACAUGAUGCACGUCAUCAGCAUCCCCUACUCCCUGAUGAAGGUCAACCCCCUGUCCUGGAUCCAGAAGGUGUGCCAAUACAAAGCUAAAGUAGCGUGUGUGAAGUCCCGGGACAUGCACUGGGCGCUGGUUGCCCAUAGAGACCAGCGGGACAUCAGCCUGAGCUCGCUGCGAAUGCUGGUGGUGGCCGACGGCUCCAACCCCUGGUCCAUCUCGUCGUGUGAUGCGUUCCUAAACGUCUUUCAGAGCAAAGGACUGAGGCCUGAGGUCAUCUGCCCUGUGCCAGCUCCCCUGAGGCUCUCACUGUGGCUAUUACGCAGGCCCACAGAUGACAGUGCCCAGCCCCCCGGGCGGGGGGUGCUGUCCAUGCAGGGCCUGAGUUACGGCGUUAUCCGGGUGGACUCGGAGGAGAAGCUCUCUGUGCUCACAGUGCAGGACGUCGGCACGGUGAUGCCCGGAGCGCUCAUGUGUGUGGUGAAGCCGGACGGCGUUCCGCAGCUCUGCAGAACGGACGAGAUCGGGGAGCUGUGCGUGUCCUCCAUCGCCACGGGAACGUCGUACUACGGCCUUUCGGGAAUGACCAAGAACACCUUCGAGGUGUUCCCCAUGGGCCAGUCUGGGGCCCCCAUCAGCGAGUACCCCUUCACCAGGACGGGCCUGCUGGGCUUCGUGGGGCCGGGGGGGCUGGUCUUCAUCGCCGGGAAGAUGGACGGGCUGAUGGUGGUGGCGGGGCGGAGACACAACGCCGACGACAUCGUUGCCACGGCUCUGGCGGUGGAGCCAAUGAAGUUCGUGUACAGGGGAAGGAUCGCGGUGUUCUCCAUCAGCGUGCUGCACGACGAGCGCAUCGUGGUGGUGGCCGAGCAGCGGCCCGACGCCACGGAGGAGGACAGCUUCCAGUGGAUGAGCCGCGUGCUGCAGGCCAUAGAUGGAAUUCACCAGGUGGGGGUGUACUGCCUGGCUCUCGUACCCUCCAACACCCUCCCCAAAACGCCCCUGGGGGGCAUCCACCUAUCAGAGACCAAGCAGCUGUUUCUGGAGGGGUCGCUACACCCCUGCAACGUGCUGAUGUGCCCCCACACCUGCGUCAUCAACCUGCCCAAACCCAGGCAGAAACAGCCAGAGAUCGGGCCGGCCUCGGUGAUGGUGGGGAACCUGGUGUCGGGGAAGCGGAUAGCCCAGGCCAGUGGCAGGGACCUGGGGCAGAUGGAGGACAAUGACCAGGCAAGGAAGUUCCUGUUCCUGUCGGAGGUGCUGCAGUGGAGGGCCCAGACCACCCCGGACCACCUGCUCUUCACGCUGCUCAACUCCCGCGGGACGAUAGCCAGCUCGCUCACCUGCCUCCAGCUGCACAAGCGGGCGGAGAAGAUCUCGGUGAUGUUGGCGGAGCGGGGGCACCUGCAGGACGGGGAUCACGUGGCGCUCGUCUAUCCCCCAGGGAUUGACCUGAUUGCGGCGUUUUACGGCUGUCUGUACGCGGGGUGUGUGCCCAUCACCGUGCGUCCCCCGCACCCCCAGAACAUCGCCACCACGCUGCCCACUGUGAAGAUGAUCGUGGAGGUGAGCCGCUCAGCCUGUGUGAUGACCAGUCAGGUGAUCUGUAAGCUGCUGAGGUCGAAGGAAGCGUCGGCUGCAGUGGACGUCAGAACAUGGCCCCCUGUCCUGGACACUGAUGAUUUGCCAAAGAAGAGGCCCCCCCAGCUGUACAAGCCCUCCCACCCCGACACCCUGGCCUACCUGGACUUCAGCGUGUCCACAACCGGCAUGCUCGCUGGAGUCAAGAUGUCCCACACUGCCACCAGUGCCUUCUGUCGCUCCAUCAAGCUGCAGUGUGAGCUGUACCCGUCCCGUGAGGUGGCCAUCUGCCUGGACCCGUACUGCGGCCUGGGCUUCGUCCUCUGGUGCCUCUGCAGUGUAUACUCGGGGCACCAGUCCAUCCUGAUCCCGCCGUCGGAGCUGGAGGUGAACCCGGCCCUGUGGCUGCUGGCUGUCAGUCAGUAUAAAGUGCGCGACACCUUCUGCUCCUACUCCGUCAUGGAGCUGUGCACCAAGGGCCUGGGCCUGCAGACCGACUCACUGAAGUCUCGGGGCCUGGAGCUCUCGCGGGUGCGGACGUGUGUGGUGGUGGCGGAGGAGCGGCCCAGGAUAGCGCUGACCCAGUCCUUCUCCAAGCUCUUCAAGGACCUGGGGCUGCACCCCCGGGCCGUCAGCACCUCCUUCGGCUGCCGGGUCAACCUGGCCAUCUGCCUGCAGCCACACAGGCUUGGGAAGCUUGCUGAUCAGGGCACGUCAGGCCCGGACCCCACCACCGUGUUCGUGGACAUGAGGGCGCUGAGACACGACCGGGUGCGGCUCGUAGAGAGAGGGUCUCCACACAGCUUACCGCUCAUGGAGUCAGGAAAGAUUUUACCCGGAGUUCGGAUCAUCAUCGCCAACCCCGAAACCAAGGGUCCGCUGGGAGAUUCGCACCUGGGGGAGAUCUGGGUGCACAGCGGACACAACGCCAGUGGCUACUUCACGGUGUACGGUGACGAGGCCCUCCAAUCGGAUCACUUCAACUCGCGGCUCAGCUUUGGCGACACGCAGACCGUGUGGGCGAGGACGGGGUACCUGGGGUUCCUCCGGAGGACCGAGCUGACCGACGCCAGCGGGGAGAGGCACGACGCGCUGUACGUUGUGGGUGCGUUGGACGAGGCGAUGGAGCUGCGGGGGAUGAGGUACCACCCCAUCGACAUCGAGACCUCCGUCAUCCGGACGCACAAGAGCAUCACAGAAUGCGCGGUGUUCACCUGGACCAACCUGCUGGUGGUGGUGGUGGAGCUGGACGGCUCGGAGCAGGAGGCCCUGGACCUGGUGCCGCUGGUGACCAACGUGGUGCUGGAGGAGCACUACCUGAUCGUGGGCGUGGUGGUGGUGGUGGACAUCGGCGUGAUCCCCAUCAACUCGCGCGGCGAGAAGCAGCGCAUGCACCUGCGCGACGGCUUCCUGGCCGACCAGCUGGACCCCAUCUACGUGGCCUACAACAUGUAGCCUAGCCUAGCCUAGCCCCGGUCCCCCUGGCCCGGGGGGGGGGGGCGGGGGGGUGAACUCCACCGACCGACUGCGCUGUACUAUAUGUACAUAACUGCGAACGAACACACGGACCUGCGGUGUCCACGGCGAAGGGAGAGGGGAAAACACGGGCCCGGAUCGGAAGCGGAGGGAGGACUCUGACGCGGCUAGGCUAGGCUAGGCUAGGCUACACGCAGCACUCGUAGCAGUAGCCGGCGCUAACGGCCUAGCCGCUCUGAGGGAUUCGGCCGCCAAACGACAAAUGUUGCGUGUUUCUUGUGCGUGUGAAGGCCGCGUACUGUACGACGCUCUCCUUGCUUGUUUGGAUAUUGCUUUCAAAGUAAGUGUGGCUCUAUAUUUUCAUGUAACGUACGCUGAAGUUUUGCUCAUUUUUGUUAACAUGUCCUCUAAGAGGUGACAAUUAUUUUUACUUACUUGCAGUACAUCCUGUUGCAAACUGUAUUUUAAGUUGAUUAGGGUUUUUUUUUUUGUUUUUUGUUUUUUUUAAGCAUUACGGAUGUUUUUCGAUAUCAGACAUUUUCUUUUUUUAUUUAUUUGCUUGUCCUUGAACUUUACAAAGAGGUUUUCUGUUUGUUUUUUUUUUGUUUGUUUUGCUUUUUUUUUUUCAACCAUGCUUUUUCAAUUUUAUUAUUCUGUCUGUUAUUCUGUCAGAAGUCCCCCUGAAAGGCAGCCCCCCUCCCCCUACCCCCCGUUAAAUAUUAAAAACAAGACUUUUAUUGAGUGGUAGCAAAUGGAGGAAAAACACACAAUGUUACUUCACAUGUAAUUAUGUA